AUGGAGACGGUGGGCAAAUUUGAGUUCAGUCGGAAGGACCUGAUAGGACAUGGCGCAUUUGCUGUCGUCUUCAAAGGCAGACACCGAGAGGUGAGUGUUGUUUCCUUUUGUACUCGUAUUUUUUCCCCUCAAAGAUAUUUCAUUGAAAACGUGAAGGAUGUAAAGGCUCUGUUAAUGAUUUGUUCGCUUUAUUGGCCGAGAGCUGCGUGUUAUUGGCCAUCUGGUGUAUUUGUUUUCAUUGUACGGCCUUAAGAGGCCUGGGAGCUCCUGCAGGAUGUUCUCAAAAAAGCAGGCAGUUAUGGACAAAAUGAUGAAAUGCAUUGGAGCACUUGUAGAAACAGGCCUCAUUGCAUUCAUUUCUUGGUCUUUUUGUAAUGUAGGCUUUAAAAAAGGGAUUAUGCACGUCCUCAAUCGUGUUGAAAUGAAAUGGGGAGCAGCAGAGAUGUAUUGUUUCCAUUAAAGAGCCUCAUGCUGAGGUUUUUAGUGAACAUGUUUGAACAUGUCCUACUCCUGUAAUCACGGAAUAUGAAUUAUUUGAGGUUUACAAUUAUUUUACACACGAUUGAAGCUUAUUGAAGUUAGUGAGGUAGCCUUUAUACUAAACAGAAAAUAUAGACUGUAGCAUCUUUGCUGCUCUACUUGUCAACUUCCUUUUGAGGUUAUGACAUUAAAUGACAGAUAUUGCAAUGUCAAUGGGGUUUGUGAGCUAGAUUCUUGUACAGUUACACUUACUGGCUCUCUAUACCACUGCCAUAGCAACCAGACUGCCUGGCUGAUUACAGCCAAAGCAGAAGAUAAGUCAUCAAUAACAAGUGCCAUCAGGAACUCAUUCUAACCAGCUUCACCAAACAGAGCUUCCUUCAACUAUAUUCCACAGUUGCAUUUAUCAGUUGCAUUUUUUAAGUCCAAACCAGUCAAAAUAUUGGAUUUUGACUUUCAGGCUACCCCAAACUAUGUUGUUUAUGACAUAUUUCAAAUGCUACACAUACUACCCAUGUUGUGUCUUUGCAGAAACAUGACUGGGAGGUCGCAGUAAAGUGCAUAAACAAGAAGAACCUGGCCAAAUCUCAGACCCUGUUGGGGAAAGAGAUCAAAAUCCUCAAGGUAAGUCAGCAAAUAAUCUUUCGAAAAGGUGCCUUUUUAUGAUAAUGUUAUAUUUUCUUAAAGUCUUAAUAAAAGAAACUCUGCAGUAGGGCUGGGCAAUAUGGCCUCAAAUCAAUAUCACGAUAUAUUGAGCAGUUCACCUAUGACAAUAAAUGGAUGAUAACUACUCCACAAGCUGCUCACCCCUUCCCACAUUAACUUUGUCUACUUCAGCCGUCGCUCACCUGUCUUUUCCUUUUUGUUAUGGACUGGAUGGGGUGGAGUCACGUCUCUGAUGUAGGACAGUGUCUUAAAGGUACAUGAGACCAUACCCUACCUACUAACAUCCAAAACCAACUUUUAUUUAUUUUUUUGACACCGAAUAUACCGAUAUGGGCAAAUGACGUCGGUUAUUGUAGUAAAUUGUUGUAAAUUUUCGGUUUAUCGCCCAGCCCUACUGUGCAGUAUGGUGCAAUAAGUCCUAAACAAUAUAUUUAAAAAAAAGCUAAGAUGUGUGGGAAAAAAUCUUUAAAAGUAGAUAUGGUCAAUGACACAGUAAGUCGUGGGGUGCAUAUGAGCUGUAAUCUAAACUCUUUGUCUAAACUCACCUGUCUUUAAGUCAUCUUCUCCACCAUGCUACCAAGAUGUUUUCAAUCUAUCUAAAUACCCUUGUUGUCCAUCAAACUUACAUUUUUUAAUCAGGGUAGUGUACAGCUAGCUGAUGCUAGUGGUGUAAAUGCAAGGUCCAGAGCUCAUCCUCCAAAAAUGUCCACAUGCUGGUGUGAAAUGGAUAAAUAUUCAUGUCAUUUUGGCAGUUUUUCAAUCUGUGCUUCAUGAUAAUUGUGAAAUGGUUUUUCUUUGUAGUUCUUUGUCUGAUCUGAAACGAGUCCUAAAAUCAAAAGCUCUUUGUUUCUAAUACCUGCUGUGACUUUUCUAUCAAAAAUUUCACCCUGGUAAUUGGAAGUCUUUCAUCAGUGUGCUUCAUUCAGUAGUUUUAGAAGUGACUGAUUCAGGACAUGCCUGCAGAGGUUAUUUAAUGUUUGUCGGGGUAAAAUAUGAGCCUAUUGAUGUCACAGGGAAAGUUCAUGUUCUCCCUUGUUUCCUGCAGACUUGAUGGAUCUGUAAAUAUUGAAUGUACAAGGCAACUUAAGGUUAAACAUGUAAAACAUGCAGGACAAACUGUUCGAUGAAUAAUUGUCUCCCUCUUUUCUGCAGGAACUGAAACACGAGAACAUAGUUGCCUUACUGGACUUUCAGGUAUGUAACACUUUACUCACAAACAUCGAGAUCAUCUCAGAAACAGUCUGACGGCUCGCUGUCAAGUCUGCUGUUUACAUACAGAAUUACUGCACACCUCUCCAUGUCCUAGUUAUCUCAUCAGCCUAUGCUCACAAACCAGAGCAGAUGGGUUGUUAAGAUGUGUGUGUGUUCUACGGGACCCACUUCUGCCUCAUGCAGCUUUGUUUUCCCUGCUUGUUAAAUGAGCCUCUGCUGCAUCUGUUUGUUGUAAAAAUCGUUUCUGGUUCUUCACGCUCAGGCAUGUUUCUCUCUGCUUUUCCAAUGUUUAGCAAAGCCUUUGAAAGUUUCAGUAAAUACUUCUACCUCUGUGUCUUGUUGCGCUGAAUCAUCAUCCUCUUCUCUGUUUACAUUCUGUCAACGGUCACAUGGGCGGUUUCUGUCAGUCUCAUUCGUCAGGGCUUUCUGGGAAGUGUAGUAUCUUGGUGAAAAGUCGUCACUUUUACUGAGAACGAGUUAUCAGCCUGGGGUGUAGCUAGAAUAAUUUACACUCAUAAAGCUGAUAUGGUGUUACACUAGACAGGUGUUGCUGUGUCAGGUAAUAAAAACACGCUCUUAGUGAUGUUCAUACAUGAAGCCAAGAAACCAAUCCGAUACCUGAAGCUGUUAGAUAUUUUAGAGGGAGAGUUUGACUCCUUGGCCCAACAAAAAUGCACACAUAACUCAUCAGUUUAAUUUAUGUUUUUGACUAACACACUGCCAUGUGUCUCAGAGGCAUGUAAAGCAUGCUCGCUGUAAUGUGUUUCAGUACGGCUUAGUCCAGCAGCAGGUCAGUCCUGGGAAAAAAAGGUGCUCUGUUGCUGAAAGCAUUUGCUCUGUAUUAUUAAGCAAAAAAUAAAAACAUCAUAGGAUUUAAUAAUGCAAGGGUUGCUGCAGGAAUAUCGAUCUGCAUCUUUUCUAAAUCCCUACACAGAACAACAGAGAUGUUUGUGGUGUUACUGUGUUUUUAGCUUUUGCUGCAUGUACGUACUUGUAUUUCCUUCCAGAUUAAACCUGAUAUCCAAACCGGGAAGUUGGAACAAAUGCUUUAUCAUUAGACCUGGAUAUUAGUUUCAUUGAUUAAAACUGACCUUUAUUCCUCCACCCUUAUCUAUUUCCGUGAGAUGGCUUAGUCAUCAUGCAAAAAUGUCCUGACUAAUGAUGCAUACGUUCACAUGCUGAGCAAUGCUAACUGCUCAACCAUCCAAGCCCAGUCACCUUGUAUGGGCUGCAAAGACACUUAACCAGCUCUGUCCAUGGGCUCCUAUGCAGAUUAUUUGAGUCAUAUAUAUAUAUCCUAUCUGUCUUCUGUCUCAGAGUGGCACCUCUUUCUGAGCAUUUAAGUGAGUCUGAGCCGGGCUCUAAGAUUACAGGUUUGUUAUUGCACAGCAACAGGUGGGGUGGUGCUCUUUGCAGGGGAUCUGGCUGUCCAGCUAUCUAAUCAGGUCAGGAAGAAACUGAAACCAAACCAAACCAAACACUGGACAUCUGAGAGAUGCACUGUCUUUGAUUUUUGCAUUGCAUCUCUUUUUACUCAAAGUCUCUCAAAUUUGUCUUCCCAUUCCUGAAAUGUGAAGUUUUCUCUUUCUCUAGCUUGAACAUCUCGGCCCUAAUGUAAUGUUUCCCUCUCUGACAUGUAUUUUUAUUCACAGAGGAACAUAGAGCCGCUGUGCUGUCAUUAUCUAGGAAACUCCACCUUGUGAAACAGGAAAUAGCUGUUCCUACAAAAGUGACGGGGUGAUCUAAGUAUCCUAUCACAAGCGGUUGCAUUACAAAACUUGAAUCAUGACAAACUUCUAAGAUAUUCCUGAAGUUUUUUUUUUUCUUUUAGUGUGAUGCUGUUGAAUAAACGAAACGGAGACAAUCUUCGGAAACCAGACGCUCGGCCCCCUGACUAAAACUGACUGGUUGGUUGGCUUGUUGGUCACUCUUGAUGUUCAAUAGGGCGGCCAAAGACAACCAUUUUUAAAAGGCCUGACUCAGCUCAACUACACAAAACAGCCUGGCCUCUGCUCUGACUGGGGGGGGAUAGGACAAGAUACGUAGGUCAGGGCGAGAGACUGCAGUCAUCUGUUGCUGUGUGAUAAGAGAGCUUUUUCAACCAACAGGCAACUCUCUGUUUUCGUCUUCUCCAAACUAGUGCUUCAGAAAGUUGUUUGUGGUUAAGAGGAUUGAAGAGGAGGGAGGAAAACAGAUGUUCAUAAAAUGUUGGAGCUCUUAACUCCUCCAGUGUGCACUCACAAACACAUGAGAUUGGAUUGUGCAUUAACAGCUGUUUGGUGGUAGAGUUGGGGGUCUUUAAAGUUAGCAGUUUGAGAGAGUUUGCAAAUGCGCUGUCUCUCAUUUGAUUAUGAUUUAUCUUUAUUUCUCAUCAUGAUGUUGACAGCAGAGCCAACUGUUCUCUAAUUGCUUUUUGGUUGUGUGAAAAUACAGUAUAAUAGAUAGUUAAUGAUGCCAGACAUGCUUCGACUUUCUAAUGAACUGCUUUUCAAACUAAAUUAAAGACUCAAACUUUUACUCAAUCACUUUUUUCCCCAGUAUAUUGCUCUUUAAGGCUUUUCACUUCUGCUUCCUCAUGUCUCCUUUUGCUUAUUCCAAAAAAUCAAAACUUUUUAUUCAGUGGUUCAUCCUUUACCAUCCUGCUAUCUUGGGUACUGGCACCACCUGUUCCUUCAGUGUCUGUCACUGACAUGUGUUUGUUUACCUCCUCUCUUAUCUCUUCCCUCUGUAGGAAACUGCCAGCUCAGUGUACCUGGUAAUGGAGGUAAGCUCGCUCUGAUGUUUGCUUUGUUUGCUCAGGGCUGUAUUGUCUCAGCUUUUGCAGACAGGGUCUGGACUAUAAUUAGCUUUGUCCUCAGACAUCAAGGGGGCCAAAUGACCACAAGUUGACAUCCAAAUGCUGUGGCCCUAAAAAUAUUUACAUAAUAGAGAGCCACAGGUACAAUACAUGUCCAACAGCUGUUUAUAGCUACUUUAGGUGCUUAUACCCAUGCUUCAUGCAUAUGUAUGAUUCUUUUAAAGUAUAGCUUGAUUGUUGUUGAUAUGUUGUCUGUAUUAGUAGCCUCAUUAAUAGGAUAUAAAUCCACCAUUCAGAUAAAUGUGACGUGCUUCUUGCUAGGAAACAGACACAAGAACUACCUUUUGCUAGGGGUGUCCCGAUACAACUUUUUUUUACCUCCAAUAUAUACCAAUAUUGUAGCCUUCAGCACUGGCUGAUACCGAUAUUGAUCUGAUAUUAGCACAAGCUUGUGCAUGACAAGUUUUGCACUCAGCUGCAACGUCUUUUUCGGAGUUUAACGAAAAAUACUGCCACACGGCGAGCAUCACUCCUACUCCUCUCUACUUUGUUAGUACUCUAGUACACACUGUUAUGAUUAUGUAGGCUGUGCAUGCUGGAUCAGUGUGCUGCUAGAUAAAGGUGCCAGAGCAGAGUCUGAAAUGGACUGCUUGUAUCAGAGAUUUUGGAUGCAGGCCAAUAUAAUCUGAUAUUCAUUUUUUUGCUGAUAUCGGACCAAUAUCUGAUAUUAACAUCGUAUCGGGACACCCCUACCUUUUGCAGCACACCUUGCCUUUUCCUGAGAGUCAUCUUUAAAUACUGUAAAUCACUUUUCUGCUUAUCAUUGCCCUGAAAACUUUUGCUUUCAUGUCCAUUCAGAAAACAGUUGGUGUCAGACACUUUCGCCUGUGUCUUCUCAUGUUACUCUUGAUUUUUCUUUUCAAUGUUUUCUCACUCUCUCUCUCUCUCGUUGUCUCUCUUUUAAUUCUCAGUACUGCAAUGGGGGAGACCUUGCUGACUAUUUACACUGUAAGUCAAACAACAACAACAACAACAUACAGUGAGCCUGCUACAAUGUCUACCUCUAUAAUCCAAUCCAAUCAUCUUUAUUAAUAUAGAACAUUUUACAAAACAUUCACGUUUACCAAAGUGCUGCACAGUAACAUUUAAAGAGCUAACACUGCAGAAAAAAACAUAAAGAGGAAAUAAAUAAAAGCUGUUAAAAGACAUUUAAAAUGAUAUAAAAUAAAUGAAAUAAAAACACAAAAGCAUAAAAGAAAUACAAGUGACAAAAGGACAGAGAUAAUGAACCUCAUAUCUUUCCACUGUAAAUCAGUUAAAGCCUUUAUAGCUUAAAUUUGUAAACAAAAAAAAAAGUAUUUUUAAGGUCUGCUCAGAAUUCUCUCUUGACAAAAAGAGGAAGAUCUGCCAAGAAUAUGGAUAAUGUACAAAUGUGAAAGAAAAAUCUUGAUAUGGAAAUAGCCCAAAGCCGAAACAGAGAGACACAUUUAUUGCUCAAGUGCUAACGGUCCAACACCAAAAAUUAUAAUGUAAAAAAAAAAGUUCCUUUUCCAUCACAUGACCCACUAUUUACUCUGUCUGUGAGGCAGGUCGUCCACUGUAAUUAUAAUCCCUAUGAGGUUAUAAAGUUUUUGGAGCACUGGCUGUUAUGGUUGAAAGACUUUUUCUCUUGGUCAGAGUCAAGUCUGAGUCUCGCUUUAAGAAUUCUGCCAGGAGGGUGGUGUGACCAGAAAGAAUCUAAGACCAGGGAGAGAGUCUGACACAGAGUCACACUGUAUCAUGGCCUGAUAGGAGGAUGAUUAGAAGGAGGGAGGGAGGGACAGGGAUCAGGAGGUGUGAGUUAAGUGAUGUGAGAAAACAGUCACCCAGUGGAUAUUUUUAGAAGUCAGGUUUUCUCUCAGUCCUGUGUGACAUGAAAAUAAAAAAAACCCUCUUCACAUCCAGUGAACCAAAGUGAACGUGUGAAUAAAUGUUUCCCUUCAUCCGCCCUUUGUUCCUCUGCAGCUAAAGGCACACUCAGUGAAGACACUAUUCGGGUUUUCCUGCAGCAGAUUGCAGGAGCCAUGAGGGUCCUACAAGCCAAAGGGAUAAUCCACAGGGACCUAAAACCCCAGAACAUUCUUCUCUCCAAUCCACCUGGACGCAAGUCACACUCCACCAACACCUGCAUCAAGAUCGGUAGGUGUGAGAAUCCAUGAGCACGAAACACGCUGAACAUCAGCAAGUAUAUGUUUGUUUAUAACACUAUGGAUCAGAGGCGAAAUGCUAUUGAUCCACUUUGGAAACACCAGAAAUAGACAUCGAAAGGGUCAAGUGAAAGGACCAAACUCUGGCUGUAUCCCAUGAAGCAGAACAUUGAAAUCCCUACACUCUAAUCAACCUCUUUACAAACAGUUUCACUCUAAAAGGGCCUUAUAAUGAUUUCCCCGGGGUCAUUCAUGCACCUAGAUUUUGAACUGGUUUGAGCAAAUUAAUUAGAUUUUUAAGAACUCCAUUUCCUCCCUCAGUAAGGUUAGCAGGCCUUGUCUGAUAAAACACAAAAAUACUGAGACAGGGAAAAUAGGUUCACGCAGAAACACCAUAAAUGUCUCUGACUUAGCAAGAAAUCACCAUAAUUAUUAGUGUCAUAAUCUAAUAUAUACAGAGCAAGUGUUUGUUCAGCUGUUUGGAAACUCUGCUAAUCCUUAAGCCCGUUAGUUCUUGUUUCUCUGGAGAGAGGUAAUCAGCCUGUGGGAGCAAAGUGUGAGGCUUGUGCCAGUCCUAGUCACUGCAGAAUGUUAUAAUCCUCAUGACUGUGGUAAAACCAGCUCAGACAUAGUCACAAACAGACCGUUCACACGCAUACUGUACACUCCUUUACUCAAGUUUUACAAACACACAGAGGUUUAAUAGGUCUUUUAGAUAUACCAGAGGAUUAUAGAUGACUUUUAUGAAGGUGUUUUGUACCAUUGGCACAUUUUUAUUGCAAACAUCUGUUAGAGAGCAUUUCUUCUUUAUUCUAGAGUUUAAUUAAUCUGCAGUUUUCUUCAAGAUUUGCUUUCCUGCAGCAGCAGCAUCUAGUGACCCAUGUGAACUCUUCUUUUUGUGUCUCCCGUUUUUCUCCUUCCCCCAUCUUACCCUCUAUGAAGCGGACUUUGGUUUCGCCAGGUACCUUCAGAACAACAUGAUGGCUGCGACACUCUGUGGCUCACCUAUGUACAUGGUGAGCACUUGUUUACAAAUGCAUACAGGUUUAAGGGGUACAAAUAGGCGGCGAAAUCCAAUGUUGAUUAAUAAAUGUAUUGAACAACAUGUUUACAUCUAAAUCUGUCUCUCUCACUAGGCUCCUGAGGUCAUCAUGUCCCAAAACUACGAUGCCAAGGCUGACUUGUGGAGUAUAGGAACUAUAGUGUUUCAGUGUCUGACUGGAAAGGCUCCUUUUCAGGUAAACACAUGACAUAAACAAAUGACAUUGUAUUGUAAGUGAUUCAGAUCUUCAUUUAACUAUGUGAACUUACCUGUUCUUGAAUUUCAAAUCUAGAUCUACCAAAUAAAGUAUAAAGGUUUUGAUGGAUGAGUAUGUAACAGUGCAUUAGAGACUGGCUGCCUGUUUGAAUCUCAGUCAGGAGUGUUGGGGACAUUAUGCUUUAAGUGUCCUCGUAGUUUUUGUACAAGAUAGUAAAUAUUGAUCCGGACAUUUACAGUCACUUAUGAUAGAAGUAAAACGUAGAGUAUAAACACCAGAUUCUUUGCUCCCUUUAACACCAAGCUGGCUCUGUUUGUCAGAAGUGCUCAAACAAGCUUCCUCCUCUCUCGCUGCAUCAUGUGAAAGAUGAGCUGGAGCAAAAAAACACAACGAUUUGCUUCAGCUGACUUUUACGACGCUCUGGAAGAUGAAACACAUACCAUCCUCCAGAGCGUCUUUUCUAGACUGGUCCUGCAGCAUUUCUGGAACAACCAGAGCAGCUACAACCUGUGCUUCUUCAAUAAGCUUUUAAAAACAUGUGGGAAAAGCAUCUAAAGCAUAUACACUCACCGGCCACUUUAUCUUGAAAAUCUUUAGUAUAUAUAGUAGGCUAAAACAUUAUUUUAAAUAUGUGUUUAUAUGUUUUAUAACUGUCUCUAAAUCUUUUUAUUUUCAGGCAAGCAGUCCACAGGACCUCCGUCUGUUUUAUGAAAAAAACAAGACUCUCAGCCCCAAGUAAGGUUUAUCACUAGCAGCAUGGUCAUGAUUCUUGGUGUAAUAAAUUGAUGUUUGGAAAACACACACAGAAAAAAGUGAAGUUUAAAAAUUCAUCAUGUGGUUUCCAAAAUGUUUUUUGUACAUUUUAAAAAAGAGGAAAUGAGAAAUUAUGCUUUCAAAGAGAAACAAAAACAACUAAACUAAUGCUCUGACCCAAGCUCUUGAUAAAUAAUUCUGCCUCUAUGUUUUGUUAGCUGCGGUGCUUUUAAAAUCUGAAAUGUAUUUAUUUUAUUAUCAUUAUUAUUAUUAUUAUCUUAUUUUAAUAACAACUUUUUUUAAAUAAAUAAAAUUACAUAAGAAAUAUAAAUGAUAAAUAAAAUCUAAAAUGUAUUUAUUUUAUUAUUUUUUUUAUUUUAAUAAUGACUUUUUUAAAAUAACUAAAAUUACAUAAGAAAUAUAAAUAAAUAAGUAGAUAAAUAAAAUCUGAAAUUUAUUCAUUUUAUAAAUUUAUUUAUUCAUUUAACUUUAUUUUUUUAAUUUUAAUGAUAACUUUUUAAAAUAAAUAACAGUUGAUAAAAAAAAAAUAGUCUGAAAUUUACAUCAGGUUACCAUCUACAGAGACGAUGCAAAUUACAGCUGCGUAAAUGUGGUGGCUGUAACCAUUGAACAGCUGUUAAUUCACUCUCUGUGUUAGAGAUGAAAAGCUGCCAAUGAAUCCUUAACAACCUCAUCUUUUAGAACACAAAGUCUGCGAUGACUUGACAGUUCAGUUUAUCACAGCUGCCUAAUGAAAUCAUAAGUAAUGCUCAUCUUUAGGGAAAUGUAAAAGAAAUUCAGAUUAUCUGUUCAUUUGGAAAUGUUGGCGUUCAUUUUCUUGGGAGACUGUGAAUUAUAGCUUCAAAAGAUAAACGCAGAAGUACAUCAAGUGUAGCUACAAGUGUUGUAUUUCUCUGAUUAUGCAAUACUUUGUGAUUUUAGCAUCCCCAGAGAGACGUCAAACCACCUGAGGCACCUGCUGCUGGGUCUGCUGCAGAGAAACCACAAGGACCGUAUGGAUUUUGGUAAGUGAACAUCAAACAAAUCGAGCGAAAUCCAAAGAAACAGACAAACACAGUUGUUGUCGCAGAUCCAAAUGAAUAAGUUGCGUGUGUUGUCACAAUAGCCAGCAGGUAGUAUGAAUAUUCCAAUGACAGCGAAGUUUAUGUUUCAGAGAGGACUGGUGGAGGCUAAAAUAAGACCCACAAAGAAAAGGCUGUGUCUGUCUGUUUCUAUCACUUUGUGCAUAACACUGUGGGUGAUCAUGGAUUUUUAAUGUAGGAAAUGUCGCUCUGCUUCACCGCCUCCCACUGAUUCUAUUUCUUCUUGUGUUUGUUGCUAGAUGAGUUUUUCUCUCAUUCGUUCCUGGAGGCCAGCUCAUCCAUGAAAAAGAGUAAGUUUAAAAGGAACAUUAUCCUUCUUUAUAGAGCGCCGCUGGAUAAUUUCAGUACAACUUAAGCUGAAGACUGUAACUGUAGUGCACACACACAUUUCACAAAAUAAAGUAAACCCUUAAAAUAAUAUUAUGAUAAGCCUGAGUAUUUGACGUAAUAGCUCUGGUUGUAUUUAGCCGGGCAGAUUGUGAUGCAUCCAUACAAACAUGUUUCUUUUCUUUGGUGACUAAAACGCUGUAAAGCUGUGACAUGUGAGGGGUUUGUGUAUUCUUUGGUAAACGGAGGACAUUUCUGUUGACACUCAGCCAAACCACAUUGUAUGUAUUGUAGCGCUCUUUUAAUGAAUGUGUUGCUUUUUGUUACAGCAACUCCUACUGUGUCCAUGACGUGCUUCCCUAGCUCUGCAUCAGCCAGCUCUUGUAGCAGCUCAUCCACCUCUCACCUUGCCUCACCACCGGUAUGAUUCGUUUUUUAUUCCCAUACAACCCACCCCCCGCUUCUCACUUUUCCUCUGACUCUGCCUCAGAUACUGUUUUUUAUGUGCCGUCACAGAUCCUAGCCAAGUGCCAUGUCUGACUGCCUGUUUGCUAUUUCAUCCUUUUCUCCCAUGUUCAUCCACUGCAUUCGUUUCUCUAUCUCUGCAGCAAUCCCUCGCCGAGGUUCAGCAUUUGCGAGCGAAAGCACUGGCCUCCCCUACCCAGGAGGCCACUGGUUUUCUCCUCAAGGACUCGUCUGGAGGCGCCGGCAGCAGCAAGAACUCCUCCUCCUGUGAUACUGAUGACUUUGUCAUGGUGCCCGCUAACUUCACCAGUAAGGAAACAUUUGUUUUUAAUAUGUGUGUGGGGGAAAAAAAAUGUGAAAAAUGUGUUCUGCUCUUUCUUAGUCUUGGCUCUUUCAUCAAAGGCUUUUGUGUUACAUUUGCAGAGUAUUACAACCCAGGACUUUACUCUAUCUUUCUGUCAGUGUUUGUUUAAAAAGUUAAAAUCAUUCAUUGUUAUUUAUUUAAUAGUGUGCACAGUACCACAUGGAAAAAUGUGUUUUUGUUUCCCAGCAGGUGAGCUGGCAUGUGAGAGUAAAGUGCUGCAGGACAGCCUGAUGAACAGCGGGUACGUUUUGCUCGUUUACUGAUACAAUUAUUUAACGUAGUCGUGUGAUAUUGUUGGACAUUUUAGCUGACAAAAGAGGGAAAUUGACUUUUUCUAACAUAACAAAGCAACAGCAACAAAAGAAAAGAGAUUCACUGCUUUAUGUUCAAAUUGAAAAAUCUUAAUGACUGAAUGUCUCUUGUGCUUCAUCUCCUCUCUAAUUAGCUCUCUUCUGGCUUCGGCUGGUCUGUGUAGUCAAGCCAAAACGCCACCGCCCUCGCCAUCCUACAGUGGAUCUCCAAGUCCUGUCAGGUAACAACAUAGAGAUGAGUGAUUGGUGAAAAUGAUUAAUGAUGGAGGACUUGGCAGUUUAAUUGUGAUGACAUAUCCUGAAUAAUUUGAUUCAUACACUAAAGCAGGGGUGUGUCAGGCUCUACAUUACACUUCAAAACAGUCAAAAUAUCACUUCUAUCGAUCGGCUGCAUGCUGUUUGAUGAAUCAUGUGACCUCCUGAGGUCUAUAGUACCAUCUAGGGCGUGUCUGUGCCAUAAACAAAGUUGGUAACAUGGCCGGCUGAUAACAAUAGGAGCAAAUCUUACCUGCCUUUAGCUUCUCUCAUCAAGCCACUGUGCUCUUCCACCGACCAGCUCACUCAGCUUUUGUCCCAGACUCCUCCUCAGUGUCAGACGACCGUUUUUUUCUGUUUUUUUGAUGCAAAGACACAACCACAACCAACAGAAACAGGGGACACCUCGGCUCAUUAAGCCCACGGUCUCAGCGUGGCCAGGAAGGUCCGCCCACCUCCUGUCUGACAGCCGCCUUAUGCUACCAGUCUGGAGAGUAUUGUCGUAACAGCAGCAACGAGCACUAGUAUAUGUCAAUGUUUUAUCUGCAUACAGUAAUUAAGUCUUUGAGCUGAAGUAUCACACAGUGCUGUUUUCAUUUUACUCAACAAACGGUGUAAAAGUUUGAAAACAGCGACAGUUACAGAACAUUUCGACUCUGCCACAUUUGGUGUUCUAGUUAAAGUGUUAAACAAGUCUGACACACACAUUUUCGCUCCCCUCUUGUCUAACAUUUUCCCUUGGCACUCUCCGUCCCUCUCACUGCUCUCUGUUGUUGGCAGGCCUAGCGAGUGCUCGGGAGGUAACUAUGGAAACAAUGGUCAGUCAUUGCCUAUCCCCGUCCCCACUCAGCUACAGAACUACCAGCGCAUGGAGCAGAACCUCAAUUCAGCAAAACACGAUGGCUCACCACGGUCAGUAUCCACAGAUACACAUGCUGCAAUGCAACUUUAAUUCUGUACUUACAUUACCUUAGUGGACUGCAGUGACUCUUAAACCUUGUUUUAAUAGGCUGUCGACACCAGUGCGGCGGUGCAGCAGUGGCAGCUUGCUGGGUUUUGGCCGGGCCGGGCCCUCCCCAUCACACGGGCAGGGAGCAGUCGUAACCAAUCGCAGACUCUCCCUGGGAGGCGCCAGACCUUUCCAGCUCAUGCCUCAAGGUAAUUAAGACGAUAGUCCUCCCUUUGUGACCACUUACACUGAUGCAGAUCAUUCUCGGUUCUGUAGCUCCAUGUUGUAUAAUAUUGUGGAUAUCUUUGCAUAAUCAGUUCAAUUCUAACUGGUUCAUAUUCAAGUGUUUGACAUGGCCAGUAAGUCAUAGGGUUUUUUUUCCACAUUAAACUGAAUUUUUUCACACUUGCACUGCUGAAAAUUUCCAGAAAGUUUCAGAGCAGCCUGCCCUUGAAAUUUCAUGAAUUUUUCUGACUCAUCCUUGCCACACUCAGACUUCUGCUCAGCUCAACUUCUGGCAAAAGUUUCAAGAGGGCUGGAAGGAAAAAUGAACAUAUUAAGUUGAAUGAAAAAUGAGGCUGUUUGAGUUCACACAUGUAGCUCUUCUGGGAGAUGUUAAGGAAGCUCAUAUUUCCACAGCGUCCAGAACGGCUUCGAAAAGGCCGUAUCCGCCGAUAACAGCUGAUCGUUUCCGUUCAAGUUAUUGUGUCAAUUUCCACCGGCUUCUUUCUGCUCUGCUGCGGAUCGCCGGACUCCGCAGCUGGUUGCAAGAGUUCUAUUUUUUCCGGAUGCUGCAGCAUGCCGCAUUAAUUCAGCACAGAUUAGUCAGUGUGGGAAAGGAAGUCGGGCACAGACACAAAAUAAAACAUCCGUCUUCUUUUCAAAAUAAAACACUACAUGUUUCAGGCGGAUCAUAUUUCACACCAUGCAAACCGGCAAGGACGAACAAGUGAAAGGUUUAUAGACGGCAUUUCACCCCGAUGACACCAUGGAUGAGGAGAUACUGAUUCUCGAAGUCUAAAAAUGGAUUUCCUCUUCUGGAAUGACACAAUCUACUGUUUAUAUGGUUAUGUGGCUGUCUUUAUAGAGACAACUCGUUAUCUCACAAUUGCACCUGAAGCUGUCCCUAAUUUGCCACAAAAUUUGCCUCACAAAUUGAUCCAGUAGGAAUUGGCGGAUGGCGAAAAUAGCCGCUGCUCUGGAUUGGAGCAGUUCCGAAUGUGGUGAAAAUUGGGGGUUAGGGUCUUGUGUCUGGAGGGGUUUUUGUGGGUAAAGAAGCCACAACAAUUUUAGAAUAUCUUCAGAGUUUUGGGCUUUUUGUCAGACAAGAGAAUACACUUAAUAACAUCAAAUUGAACACAAAGUAUUCAAGCCUAAUCAAUGAGAGGAUUGUUUUGUAAAUUGGUGACUAGGUGCCUGAAAGUUCAUCUUCAGUCUAGGUGGAGGCAGACAAAUGUUGGUGAGGAUACGCUGAAUUUUCUGAGUCAACCUGGGUCAAUAGUUUUGACAGUUAUUGAUCGGAAAAAAGAAUCUAGAUCCUACACACAAACAUCCACAUCACCAUCACCACCCAUCGCUCUUGACUCCCCUGUGCCCCAUGCUGACACAGCCUCUCAGCUGACUGAAUGCCAACAGCGCAGCGGGGGAGUUAGACAGCACUUGUCCAUCUUUGCUGCCUCUCUGUUGAUGUGUUGUGUUGUGAUACUGCGUGACAUUUCAUCUCACAAUGUCACCUGCUGUCUGAAAGCAGAAAUAUUCUGACUGUUGUCUACCCCUGUAGCUCCCCAGCCUGCCUCUCAUCAACACCCGCAGACUGCAGGACUGGGCACACGGCUGCACAGCGCUCCCUGUUUGUUAGAGUGUGCCAGUGGGGGCGGCAGACAGAAGAUCAGGAAGCAGCAUUCAGACCCAGUGGUAGCACCCUCAGCAGGCAUGAUGACCAUCCGCCCCCUACACUCAUCACCGAGACUCAGCGAGCUGAUGCAGCGUAGCCCCCUCCCAACCAUCCUCGGCUCGCCCUCCAGGGUGAGUCAGAUGUGCUUGUGUGUUAGAAAGAGGCACAAACAGAGAGAUUUGUUUGUGUGCUAUUCUCUGUGAGACCCUGACAAGACCCCCAGGCAUUUAAAACAAAUCUGUGCUCCCUCUCUUAACUCUCCCUCUUGUCCUUGUCCUCAGACCAUCCCUCCAUUCGAAUUCCCCAAACCCCCCAGCUCUCCAAACCUUGUCACCUUCCUGACGCAGCAGGGUUUGGUCAUCGGCUCCCCUGGCAGCAGGACUGCACAAACAGAGCCCAGAGACCCAGGACCACACACACCCACGCAGGUCGCCCAGCCUGCCCACUGCAUCCACAGACUCAACAGUGAAAACAAGGGCUUUGGAAGGUUAGAUGACUGUUUCUGCUUUGUUUACCACACUUACGCUCUACUGCACAUCCAGGAGGAAUCAAAUAGACAGGAGUGUAUUUCAUUUUUCUGUGCUUUUUGUUAAUGUUUCAAAUAACUUUGUACUGUGGAAGCUGGACGUCUGUAUUACUCGGAUAGACCCUGUCAUUUAUUCUUUUACCUGAGGAUGGAUGAAAAAGUAAAGACAAGGAUAAUGAGCCCUGAAAAGAGCGGAUUGGAGAGCUUUUUAAAAAAGCCUGAAGGGCAAAAAAAAAAGUUAAAGGAAGAAUAUAUAUUCAACAAGAGUGCUUUAUAAUUCAUACCCUUAUCUUUCCUUCCGUGUUCACCGCUCCAUGUCUUUGUUUCCCGUCUCUGCGGUGCAGGUCUCAGAGUGCCGGUCGUCUGUCUGACAUGCUCCUCAUGGCUGCAUUUGGAUCACCAGGACUCGGCGCUGAGCGGGGCAGCACAGAGAACAUGACCUCUGAAAAAGCCAUAGACAUAACAGGUGGGCACAUUUAAUGGCCUGUAUUUAAAAGCACAGUCUUUUCUUUAGAAACUACACCCUCACUGACAUUUCAUGGAUUACAUUGAAACUAGAAUAAUAGUUUUAAUAUUUAUGAUUUUAGCUGUUAGCAGGAUUGAAAAAGAAGAUUUGUGUGAUUAUUCCAAUGAUUUACUUUCAAAGGUUGGGUCUUGAACUGUCGUCUCUGCUCCUCUCUGCCUCUCUAGUGCCCCCAGGUGGUGGUUGCGGAGGCCUUACACCUGGUUCAGGCAGCCCAGCACAGGUGGUUUUUACUGUGGGCUCUCCUCCCAGUGGAAGCACCCCCCCUCAAACCCUCAGACAGAGGAAACACUCAGGUAGCACACACUCUUUAAUAGUACUCUGCACAUUUGGUAGAUUUUAUUUUCACUUUCUAUCAUGGGGGGGCAUUCAUUGACUAAGAUCUCAUCUGCAGCUGCAUUUAGGGAGUAGUUACCCAGAGACUGAUCGGCACUUGUAGUGUUUUGUUAAAAGAAGAAUACAUAAAACAUUAGAGAGAUGUAACACAUCUGCAUUUUACAAAUGUAUGACAAAAACAACCAGCAUCAUUGAUUUUAUGUCUCAUUUUACAUAAUAAGUCUUUAUGGGUCAAAGAACAUAUCUUAAAUAGAUCAUAGAUGGAUGUAGAUGAUAUUAUCAAAAUCUUUUAUAUCUUUUCCUGUUCCUUCAGGCUCCUUUACUUCAGUCAGCCCCGCGGGCUCCUUCACAAGCCGCUUCCCUCAGACAGGCACGUACCUGGAUGGCUUUGAGGCACCAUCAAGUCCUCGUUUCAGUUUCACUGAUCCUAUCACAGCCAACAUGGGCGGUCAUGUGACCUUUGAGCCUCCAGAGCUUCCUGAAGAGACGCUGAUGGAGGUGAGAAGCAGGUUUUUGACACAGUCUGAAACAGAAAGUCGUGAAAAAGCCGCCACUUUGAUACUCUACUUUUGACUCCCCACUCAUGUGAACAUAAGACUCUCAUGUGGACAUAAGACUCUGUUACUGUCCGAUGGCGUUAGGUGGAUUAGAUAAACGGAAUAAUAAACUCACCAGAUAAUAUUGCACAGUAAAAGCCAAAUCCCAUUCUCUUGUCAUCUGUUCAUAAUCCUAUCAUCAACCCACCUCCCUUCCUUGUUUUUCUGUCUUUCUCAUGACUCUGAGUGCAGCAGGAGCACACAGACACUGUGCAAAGCCUGCGUUUCAUGUUGGAUUUCGCUCGAUGUCUGAUGGAGGUGGCUGGAGCGCGGGGUGCUGCUGCGGCGGAAGAGCAGGCGGACAUUUCUCAACCCUCCCUCUUUCAGCCGCAGAGCCUGGUAGCCGAUCAGAUAAGCUCUUUGAGCCGAGAGUGGAGGUGAGAGCUCAUCAUUGAAUAUUUAUGUUUGAUAAUUCAAAUUUAACCGCAUGUUUGCAAGUAAAGACAAAUAGGAUCACUUCAACAAAGUCAGAGAGUAGUGGGUUGUAUAGAUAGAGGUGACAGAAUCAUAACAACAUGUUAGGCCUUGUUUAAUGGGGAAUACAGAGUUUAAUAGUGACUUAUGUCUGAACCAUAUCUGUAGUUAGUGUAAUGUUGGGCUUCCAGACUAAAAACUGCAAGUCUUCAGUAAAUCUUGGAGUUUUACUGGAGUCACAGCAGAGUCGCAGCACGCUCCUCUCAUCUCGAUCAUUAAGUUUAAGAUGGUAAUCUGCGCUGUUUUAUAUCAGUCUUUUCCUAGUCUUGGAUGUGCGAUAAUAUCAAACACCCAAGACGCAGUGACGUAACACAACCAACAACCAAUAGAUGAGCUCUAACAAAAGCAGAAAAUGAAACCUGACAGUCAAAACAAGAAUGUGUGAAGAAUUACUGGUGAUAAAACGUCAGAAGUGGACAGUCCAGAAAGAGGAGCGGAUAGUGGAGCUGUGGGCUGAUCAGCCUUGCCUAUUAAACAUCAACUGCAGGGUUUCCCCUACAGCUGAUGUAAUGGCACGCUGCCACGCACCGCCAUUACAUGGUAACAUGCAAUGGCGCAACGCUACGGCUAAAUAAAAGCUGCAACACAUCAACAAUUAAGUCUUUUUACGCGCUACCUCGGACUCAGUGUGUAUUAGUGCGGCUGCACCAUGGGCUGCACUGCCGGGCGCGUAUUAGCAUUAUUAGCAUUAGUGUUAGCGAGUUCUUAGUUGUCAUAUGUGAACACACAGCUGAUUAAUGAGCCGCCCACCAAGAUAAACUCCCCACCAAUGGGAAACACUGGAUUGUCAAAAAAGGAUAAAACAAUCUAGUUUUAAUCUUGUUUAUAGUGACCCUGCAAGAUUCCCAGUCUUUGUAAAUCCUCAGUCUGAGACCAGGCUGUGACUAAGAACUCUAAACAGUCUUUUCCAAAUCUUCUCGUAGUCCUCUGAUGGAUAGCUGGCCUAAGACAGUGACCACAUAGAUUUUUUUUUUUCCUAUCAUGUCACAAACCAGCUGCUGCGUGCUUUGUUGGUUUUUCAUUGUCUCAGUGUCAUGUCACAGACAUCUACUCAUGCGAACACUGUGCUGUUUUUGUUUGACUUGGCUCUUUCUCCACCAGUCAUGCUGAACAGCUGGUUCUCUACCUGAAGACUGCAGAACUUCUGUCCACUGCCUUACACACAGCCAUGGAGCGAGUCAAACAGGGCAAACUCUACCCAUCCACCACAGUCAAACAAGGUAUGAGGUCAUUAUAUGACUAUUUGGAAUAAUAAUAUAAUCAUCAUAAUAGAGUGCAUACUGAGUUUCUCCUUUUUUCCUCAUGCCAUGUCCAAACACAGUGGUUAAGAGGCUGAAUGAGCUAUACAAGUCCAGUGUGGCAUCCUGUCGCUCACUCAGCACCCGUCUGGAGCGCUUUUUUUCCAGGAAACACCGUCUAAUGGACCAAAUCACCUCCAUCACAGCUGAGCGGCUGCUGUUCAGCCACACAGUGCAGAUGGUAAGCCAAUGGAUGAAUUAGACAGCUGGGAGAACAGCAGGAAACACGGUUUAUUGUCCAGAAGGCCACACUAAAAUAAGCUAGUUACCAUCUUUUGGUGGACAUUUACCAUUUAGGACAAUUAGCCCUGGUUGUGUUGCUGAGUUGAGUGCAUGGCGGGCAAAAAUAUCCUACCGAUCACUCUCCAUCCCUCCUUUGAAAUUUCACAAAACCACAAGGAUGGGUUAUCAAUGAACUGCUCAACUGAAAAGAUAAUAAUAAUUGCAGCUUUAAUGUAAUGACUCAAAGUGACUUUUGAACGUAUUUUUAAGAUAUGCUCAAGAAAUCAAAAGUUGGUAAAUGACAGCAGGACUUUUUGUUUGAAAAGUAAAAGACAUUUUCCACAGGACUGCGUGUCCCAGCAGCAUCAUACAGACUAUUUCAACUCAGCUAUCCUUAUGUCACCUCAGGUUCAAGCUGCUGCGCUGGAUGAGAUGUUCCACCAAGGAGAAGCAUCGGCUCUGCGCUACCAUAAAGCUCUCCUGCUGAUGGAGGGCCUGUCUUUGCUGCUCACUGAACAGGAUGACCUCCUCAGUGUUAGCAAAUGUGCGUUUAUUUGUCGGCUUAUCUUUGUAUAAUGUUCUUUCAGCUAAAAUCUUUGUAAUUACAGUUUAGAAAACAUACUGAAGCUCUUAAAAGACACCUGUGCUGUUAGCUAACCCAUCCACUGACUUCAGAUCUUUCCCUCUCCGAUUCUUUUCCCUCUUUUGUGUCUGCAGGUAAAGAGUGCAUCGAAAGACGCCUCACAGCUUUGCAGUCAGGACUCUGUGUCUGA